AAGAAAGGAGGGAGCCUCCGCUCCUGCUCCAAGAUGGCGGACGAGGAGGCGCCGCGCCUCCAGCCCCGCGGCGGCCUCAGUCCCGAGCCGGCUCCGAAGCGCCUUCGACGGGGCUCGGCUGAGGAGGAGGCCGUCGCCGAAGGAGCCGUGGCGGAGGAGGCCCCCUUGGGCGGGAAGGAGGCCGCAGGAGGCGACGACAGGGGCUGGAGCCUCCCCGAGGACGGGCCGAGGCGGUGGGGCCUGGGCCGAAGGGAAGAAGAGGAGGAGGAGGAGCGCCAACCGCCGCGGCUGAGGGAAGGGGAGGGGGCGGGGGCGGCGCGCGCCGGAGAGGAGGCCGCGUCGGGGCCGGCCAUUGGCUGCGGGGCGGCGCAGUCUGCCAACGGAGAGGCCCAGCAAGGAGGAGGAGAGGCCGAUAAUAUAUUUUUUGGUGAUGAAAUUAUUGCAAAUGGCUUCCAUUCCUGUGACAGUGAUGAAGAUGAUAGAGCCUCUCAUGCAAGCUCAAGCGACUGGACGCCAAGGCCACGUAUAGGUCCAUACACUUUUGUCCAGCAACAUCUCAUGAUAGGAACAGAUCCACGUGCAAUUCUCAAAGACUUAUUGCCAGAAACAAUACCUCCCCCUGAACUGGAUGACAUGACAUUAUGGCAAAUUGUAAUUAAUAUUCUCUCAGAACCACCUAAAAGAAAAAAGAGGAAAGAUAUUAAUACUCUAGAAGAUGCUGUGAAACUCCUACAUGAGUGCAAAAAAAUAAUUGUCUUAACUGGAGCAGGGGUAUCUGUUUCUUGUGGAAUUCCUGAUUUCCGAUCAAGAGAUGGCAUUUAUGCUCGUCUUGCAGUAGAUUUCCCAGAUCUUCCUGAUCCUCAAGCAAUGUUUGAUAUUGAAUACUUCAGAAAAGAUCCAAGACCAUUUUUUAAAUUUGCAAAGGAAAUAUAUCCUGGACAGUUUCAACCAUCCCUUUGUCAUAAAUUUAUAGCUUUGAUGGAUAAAGAAAGGAAACUACUGCGUAAUUAUACUCAGAACAUAGAUACUCUGGAACAAGUUGCAGGAAUUCAAAGAAUAAUUCAAUGCCACGGUUCCUUUGCAACAGCUUCUUGCCUCAUCUGUAAAUACAAAGUUGAUUGUGAAGUUGUUCGAGGAGAUAUUUUUAAUCAGGUUGUUCCUAGAUGUCCCAGAUGCCCACCUGAUGAACCACUUGCCAUCAUGAAGCCAGAAAUAGUGUUCUUUGGUGAAAAUCUCCCUGAGCAAUUUCAUAGGGCCAUGAAGUAUGACAAGGAUGAGGUCGACCUUCUUAUUGUUAUUGGGUCUUCGCUUAAAGUAAGACCAGUAGCAUUAAUUCCAAGUUCCAUCCCUCAUGAAGUGCCUCAGAUUCUAAUUAAUAGGGAACCAUUGCCUCAUCUACACUUUGAUGUGGAACUCCUUGGCGACUGUGAUGUCAUCAUCAAUGAAUUAUGUCAUAGAUUAGGUGGUGAAUAUGCGAAACUGUGCAAUAGUUCAAUCAAACUUUCAGAAAUUACAGAGAAACCUCCACGACCACAGAAGGAAUUUGAAAUACAUCCAUCAGAGUUGCCACCUACACCAUUAAAUAUCUCUGAAUAUUCUAGUUCGCCUGAGAGAAUUGCACCGCAUGAGUCUCAAAUAGUACAUUCAGAGCACUCUUCCGAAUUUAAAGCAGCAGACUCUGAAGCUACCUUGGAAUCUAAAGAGAACUGUAUUGAGGAAAAAUCUCAAGAGCUACAAAACUGUUUAGAAAGUAUUGAAAGUCUUCCUGACCAGUUAGAAAACCCAGAGCAUGUGAAGGAACAGGGAUCUAACCAAGGUGAAAACAAAGAAAGAAGUGAAAAAACAUCUGUUGAAACACUGAAAAAGUGCUGGGUUAACAGAUGUGCAAAAGAGCAGAUAAGCAAGCGGCUUGAUGGUUCCCAAUACUUGUUUUUACCACCAAAUCGUUAUAUUUUCCAUGGUGCUGAGGUAUAUUCAGACUCUGAAGAUGAUGUCAUAUCCUCCAGUUCUUGUGGAAGUAGCAGUGAUAGCGGGUCCUGUCAUAGUCCGAGUUUAGAUGUAGAAGAUGAAAGUGAACUUGAAGAAUUCUAUAACGGCAUUGAAGAUGAUGAUGUUCCUGACAGGGAAGAGGAGAAUGGAUUUGGAGAAGAUGGAACUGACAUUCAAGAAACCGGCGAUGAAUCUGUUUCUUUAAACGAGGCUGUAGGAUUUGAUCAUUCAGCAGACAAAUUGUAAUUAUUGACUGGUAUCAUGAACUUUCCCACCAGCAUUAGCAGUUUUGCAUGUCAGAUUGAAUGUGUACUGAAUUUAGAACAAAGAAAACCCUAAGGAUGUAAUGUUUGUAAACAACUAGGGUAGAUUUUCAUGCAUAGUUUUCUAUCUUUUCCAAUCAGAAUCUAUAGAGACACACUCAACAUUAAUCUUUAUUUUGAACUUUGAAGAAGGUACUAAGUAUCUUUUUACUGUCACUGCAUUCACUUUUAUUAAGUUAAAUUGUGUGAUCCAUGUGUGUAUGUAUAUACAGUAUUUUUGCUUAACAAAUGUCAGCCUAAUUUUAUUUUUGAACUGUUAAAAAAGCCAUUGGAAUGUUAAUAUAAUAUAAAGGGAACAGCUAAUCUAGACCAAAGAAUGGUAUUCUCGCCUCUCUUGCUUCGUAACAUUUGGAUUUAUUUAAAGCCUGCUUCUCUCUCUGCUAACUUGAUUAUUGUAUAAUUUGUUGUUAAACACUGGUUAUUUCCCAAAAGUUACUAUGGCAGCUAUUUUUUAACAACAAAAAAUAAUCUUCAUAUUGGGCAUAUUUGCAUGUGAGCCUAUUGUAAGUAAAUUUAGCAUCACAGUGAUACCUAAAAACCCCCAAUUAUUUAGAUAACUAGGAAAUGCUAGUUUUUAAAAAAUCUUCCUGUGUAUAUAUAAUAAUAUUGGCUUGCAAAAUUGUAGCAAGGAAAUCAUAAGUAAGAAAUUCUAAAACUUGGUUUGAUUUGGCUCAAAAUAGGUAUUUAAUGCAGGAAGUCAGUAUAUAAAAGAUUUUAUGUACAAUAUCUUUGUCUACACUGCCAAGAUGUGAAUUUGUAAAUGUAUUAGGUGUGUAUAUAAUAUUCAGAACAAGGAAGCAGUCUUUACCAAUUACAAAAGUGUUCCUGUACUUCCAAACAGCGUACACAAAUGUGUGUACAGAGCUUUUUAUGCUUCCAGUAUAACACAGAAAACUUUCACCUAUUUUAUUUUAAAAUACACUACUAGUGGAUUUAUUUAUGCUCAGAGAAUUUAAUACCACUUAAAGGUACAGUGUUGUUUUUAAAAAGCAGCCACUUGAAUUGGUACCAAUGCUGCUUCAAGCAUGCCUUUUUAAAAAAAAGAUCGUGCAGAUGUUUCUGACUACAGUCAGUUCCCAUCCUCCACUGUUUGUUUCCUCUCUGUCCAUUAAGUUUCUGUAUUUAUUCUCAAAACCACUUCUAACUCUCCCAAAAGAGCUCUACUGGCUAGUAAACCAUUUAUAUGCAUUGCAUUAAUAUUUAUUCCAUUUUAAAAAAUUGUAAAAUAGCUGUCCUUUAAAAGCAAAUUAAUUCUGCAACACAGCAUAACAAAGUGUUAAGAAUGGCCCUUUGUGUUCAUCUUUAAAAUGUUGGCAUGUUUUCUCAUGGCCCAGGCUCUAAAUAAUAGAAGUUUCUGGACUACAUUAAAGAAUGCAAUAUGUUAGCUUUGCUUGCAUGUCAAAAUGUAUUUGUGCUAUAGGAAAUAUUUUAAAUGGAAAUAUUUUGUUUUUAAAUUAUUUUUACAGUGUGGAUUAUUUUCUGCUUUUAUAUUGUAUAUAGUGUCUUUUAUGUAACCAACUGGCAAAUGUUUUGUAGAAGACUGUUUUAAAAUGACCUGGCUCUCUUCCUGCAACUUUUGAAAUACAAAACCAGUGUUUUAUACUCGUA